AUGGCCGAGCAAAGCUCAUUGAGCAUCGCGAUAGUAGGCGGUGGUGUUGCGGGCCUUACCCUGACGAUUGCGCUUCUCGACAAAUGUCCGCACAUCAGUGUUACACUCUACGAGAGUGCAGGCGCUUUUGGUGAGAUUGGGGCCGGUGUUGGUUUCUUCCCGGCCGCGGUUCGCACGAUGGCGCUAAUCUACCCUCGCAUUGCUGAGGCCUUCGAAAAAUGCAACAAAGGAAAUGUUAUCACCGACCCACCAGUAUGGUUUACAGCAAGAGUAGGAGACCAGAGGAAGAAGAGUGUCGAACUGGGAGCAGAAAUUUUCACCAUACCAGGAAGAGAGGGACCGAGCGGUGGAGUUCAUCGCGCUCAGUUUCUCGACGAGCUUGUCAAAUUAGUUCCCGAUGGUGUAGCGCAAUUCAAGAAGCGGGUGUUGAGAGUUACGGAAGCGUGGGACGGCUCUGGAGAUGCGGUCUUGCACUUUGCUGAUGGGUCUUCUGCGCAGCACAGUGCAGUAUUGGGUUGCGAUGGGAUCAAGUCGCGCGUACGACAGAUUGUGCUAGGCGAUGUGGAUGCAGCGAAGCCAGUGUUUUCGGGGAAGUACGUAUAUCGCGGCCUAUUUCCGAUGAUGAAGGCUAUUGAAAUCCUGGGUGAUGAGAUACCACAAACGCCGCAAAUGUGGUUGGGCUAUGGCGCGCACAUUUUGAGUUUCCCCAUCGCGAAUGGGACGUUGUUCAAUGUGGUUGCCUUCGCCUCACGAUCUACAUGGGAGGAUCCGAAUUGGGUGGUGCAGACAUCUCGCGAAGAGAUGCUAGAAAACUUCAAAGACUUCAUACCUUCCACGCGUAAGGUGAUAGAGAGCAUGCAGAAGCCCGAUGUCUGGGCACUAUUCUACCACCUUCCUGCAGCGACCUACUAUAACACUAACCCUCCCAUCUGUCUGGUAGGGGAUGCUGCGCAUGCCUCAACACCUCAACAGGGAGCUGGAGCUGGCAUGUGCGUUGAGGAUGUUUAUGUGCUCAGCGAGCUGCUGUCGCAAUGCCAUCAGAAGAAACGACUCGUGAAGGCGUUCCAUGCGUACGAUGCAGUUCGAAGACCACGCAGCCAAAGAUUAGUGACUACAAGCAAGGAAGCUGGUAAGCUGUGGCAGUUUGAAGGGGAGGGAGUAGGGGACGAUCUGGAAGCUUUGCGGGGCAAUGCGCUAUCGAGGAUGGAUUGGAUUUGGGAUUGUGAAAUAUCGGACGAUCUGAAGAGGGCGAGACGCAUUAUGGAAGAAGUUUCGCCGAAUACUCCGUAA